UGUAGCCUUUCCUAGCUCAGCAGUCGCCCCUCCGCCGGUUUGUGUGUAGCCUGAGCAUCUUUCUGGAAACAAAAUACCACAGAAAGUGAAAGCCUUCACAUUUUACCGACACAACUGCCGUUAAUUCCGUCGACGGAAAUCUCUUUGAAGACAAAGAGUAUAAAGAUGCCUUCAGCAAUGGUUGGCAACAAUGCUGUCCAGUCUGCCAUUCCAGAGCUUGGAAACGGAAGUCAGUCGGAGACCAUGAAGCAGGUUCUCGGCGUGAUUGAUAAGAAAGUUCGCAACAUGGAGAAAAAAAAGUCCAAGUUGGAUGACUAUCAAGCAAAGAAGGAUAAAGGAGAAAGACUGAACCAGGAUCAGCUGGAGGCCUUGUCAAAGUACCAGGAGAUCCUCAACAACAUCGACUUUGCUCGAGAGUUGCAGAAGAUCUUCCUGACUCUGGGCCAGGAGAUCCAGAAGACGGUGAAGAAAACGGCCAGACGGGAACAGCUGCAACGAGAGGAGAUGGAACAACUCCGGCUCAAAACGGUCCUGGAGCUGCAGUUCUUACUGGACCAAUUGGGAGAUGAAAAUGUCCGGCAGGACCUCAAACGCCCCGAUGCCUCCGGCGCCUCCCUGCUCACGGACGCCGAACUCGCAUCCCUCGAUGAGUUCUACAAAAUAGUUGGACCAGAUCGCAACUGUGACUUAAGGUUGACUGAACAAUACGAAGAGGCCUCACUGCACCUGUGGGAGCUGCUGGAGGGCAGAGACAAGGCCGUGGCAGGAACUUCAUACAAGUCGCUGAAGAACACUCUGGACAAGUUGCUACAAAGCGGCUACUUUGACCGAGCGCCCAGCGGUCACAAUGGAACGUGUGAGGAGGAGGAAGUGGAGGAGCAGGAAAAGCAAACGGCGGCGGUGGCGGCUGACUGUAACGUGGAGGAGCAACCAUCCGAACCUGAAGGACCAGUUACUGAAAAUCAUCCCGAGGCGGUGAAAGUGGAAACCACGGAGUUUGUCAACAGGCAGUUCAUCCCGGAGAGCACCUACAGCAGUACAGACGCUGAACAGGCGGAGGAGUGGUCAGUGGACGUACAGAUGGUCAAUUCCCUCCAGCUCCAGGCCCCCCCCGCCCAGCUGGCUCCGGAACCGAUUGCCGCCGUGAACCAUGUCAAUCCCUCGCCGCCUACCGACCCGGUAGUCAGGAAGCAGGUGGUGCAAGAUCUCAUGGCCCAGAUGCAAGGGACUUAUAACUUCAUGCAGGACUCGAUGUUGGAGUUUGACGGCCAGGCCCUCGACCCGGCUAUUGUGUCCGCCCAGCCCAUGAAGCCUGUCCAGACCGUAGACCUACAACAGAUGGCCUGUGCUUCGUCUCUUUCGGAGUCCAGGCUUCCUCAAGUCGGUGCAGUCACGGGACUGAAAGAACCCACACAAGCUACAAUGUCUCUGUCCUCUGAGCCGCCCUCUGCCUCCUCUUGCCCCCUCUCCUCCGCCUUCCCACCCGCCUCCAAAGCCACCCGCGCCGGGGGCAUCAAUGUCAACGCUGCACCCUUCCAGUCAGUGCAAGCGGUCUUCAACAUGAACACGUCCGCGCCCCCCCCGGGCCCCACGGGCCACACGGACCCGCUGAAGCAGCCCAGCCAGUUCUCUGCCGGCUUUGCUCAGGGUUUCAGCGGCCCGUCGGAUAAUCCGGUGGACCAGCCCGACAUCCCACAGGAGACGUUACAGUCAGUUGUUGCCGGCUUCCAGACUCAAACCCAGGUCAUGCCGUCGCCGGCCGGCCACGACGACUCCGCACCCGGUGCCGGUUUCGGACAGGCGGGCCAGUCCUUCUACAACAGCAGGUCGGUGCCCAGGGGCGGAGCCAGGAACGGCAGAGGAACCAUGAACGGUUACCGGGGUUCCUCCAAUGGAUUUCGAGGGGGAUAUGAAGGGUACCGCCCCCCCUUUUCCAACCCGCCCAGUGGUGGUUACGCUCAAAGCCAAUUCAGCGCGGGGGGCCGCGACUACACGAACAACAACUACCAGAGGGAGGGCUACCAACAAGGUUACAAGCGAGGCGCCGCCCAAGGACCUCGGGGGCUGUCUAGGGGCAACGCCCAGGCCAUGCGAUCCUAACAACGGUCUCACCGCUCCACGUUGAAAACAUUCAGGAUUUUUUCGAAUGUGUUCACCUCCAGCUCACUUUUGUAAUCUUUCCACUCACAAUCCAUCUUUUUUUUUUUUUUUUUCAAAAAAAUUCCCGACCGAUUUAAUCCCGAGUGCGCCUGCUUUUUUUUUUUCUUCGUCUGCCCAAAUCCUCUAAAUGUCAGAAGACAAACUGCUGAAGUCGGCAACACGUAGGAUUAUCAGCAAGUAUAAAAAAAAUAGAUAUUCCUGUAAACUUGAAAGAUUUCAUUAAUUUAUUUUUUGUACAAAAUAAAUGCAAAAAAUACCCUG